UAUCCAAUGUUUAUUGAUAGUGCACAGUGAUUGUGCAUUAUUUCAUGUAUUUUUUAGCGGCUUUCUCUCUCCAUCACAGUUGCAGGUUACCUGCUCAUUGCAAUCAGAUCCUCAUCCUUUCUGAAGCAUGCCCUGUAUUUUCCAGGGAGAGAGAGAGACACACAAACACACACAGAGGGAGAGGCAGAAAGAAGAGCACAGAAAGGGGAGGAGGGGCAACAAAUGAGGUGUGGGCAAAAAUAUGGGGGACCAGGGGAGGGGGCCAAAGCCUGCCUCUGAAAAAGCAGAGAUAGAGAGGAGGAAGGAGAGAGCGAGGGAGGGAGGAGGAGAGAGAAAGGAAGGGAGGAGGAGAGAACAUUGUUGCAUCCAGUAGAACCCUAUUCAGCAACAGCGGACAUGGUUGGUAGUGUGGAGUGCGGAUCUGCGGGCUCUUUACCGUUGGGCAGGACCGCCUUUGUGUUCCCCGCUGCAGUGGGGGAGCGCAUUUACCAUCGUGCUUGAGGGGGGAAGCCAAGAGUACCGUCCAAUCAGCAUCCAGUGAUUUCAAUCAUCUUCCGAAUCUGCAGACGGUGAUUUAUGACCAACCUGAGGGAGGCACUGCUCUUUACACUCUGACUACACUCCACCUGGAUGGAUUCCUACCAGCACUUUUGUUCUUAUUUGCAGAUAAAAAAAUGAAAACAGAGCAGCAAGCUGAAGGUGGAUUAUCUCACAUUCUUCAUUAGGUGAUGUGUUUCACCUGCCGGAGAAGGUUACCUAACUUUCUUUCCUGGGCUCUGGUUUAAGUUUUGCUUUUCUUCCCGAGGACACAGACUGACAGAAGUCCUGCAAGUGUAAAUACUCUCAUUUUCUAUCAUUUCUCAGCCAUUCUGAAUCUCGUUUCCUUGCCCACACUGGUAAGACCUGUUAGACUGAGGGAAUUCACGUGGAAGACUGUUGCUGUCAGUCUAGAGAUUUUACAAUAGGGGUCAGGUCGGAUUAGAAUUCCCACACGCCCUUAUACGAUGAUCUGCUUCAUGCGCGGCUGGAGAUGGAGAAAGCGUAGGAACUGUUGGGACAUUUGACACGCCUGUUUGGCUUACAGCACCUGCUGUGACUGUCUGACACUGUACUACAGCUACACUGGCUAACGGCAUGUUUCUAGAGGUCACCGCCUAGACUAGCAGACCAGGACAGGGUUUGUACAAGUGUACAAAGAGUCUGUGUGUCUUUAUAUGUUUGUUUAGGUCUUUAUGUUGGAAUUGGUAAUGUGCAAAAGUGCCGGUGCCAGGGUCAAGUAUUAUACUGAGUGUCUGAAGAGCACAGGGGUAGUCUGUAAAUAUCUGUAGAGUACAAGGGUAGUCUGUAAAUAUCUGGAGAGUACAAGGGUAGUCUGUUAAUAUCUGGAGAGUACAAGGGUAGUCUGUAAAUAUCUGGAGAGUACAGGGGUAGUCUGUAAAUAUCUGGAGAGUACAGGUGUAGUCUGUAAAUAUCUGGAGAGUACAGGUGUAGUCUGUAAAUAUCUGGAGAGUACAAGGGUAGUCUGUAAAUAUCUGGAGAGUACAGGUGUAGUCUGUAAAUAUCUGGAGAGUACAGGUGUAGUCUGUAAAUAUCUGGAGAGUACCGGGGUAGUCUGUGAAUGUCUGGAGAGCACAGGUGCAGUCAGUGAGGCUUUCACAAAGGAUUACAGACACCAACGCAGUGUGGCUAGGCAGAGGUUUCCUUAUCGAGUGGUUCCCUGGGAGGAUUACAGAGAGGAUUUAAGGGUUUACCCUGCUGAUUAGACAGACAGAAAGAGGGUAGAGGAGGGCAGGACUCACACUUACAGUAUAAUGUCCCUUUUCGCUUAAUGCAUGCAUUAUCUCAGUGGUUAAUUGAAGAAUGUGUGCUGCAUUAAGUCUAUCUGCUGAGUUAGUUCUCUUCACCAGGGAAAGAACAGGUUGAAUAAGAGAAGCGAAGGUAAUCGCAGGCUAGAGGAAAAACAACCACCUAUGGCCCAAUCUUUCCAACGGAAAAGUAGAUUAUUUUACACAUGCUUGUCAGUGGCUGUCUUUAUGGAAACGAAUGGUUUUUUCCCCCAAAUACUGCAAACACAACAUGCUAUUUAUCCCUCAGUGGAUUUAAUAUUGAUUUUUUCACAUGGCCGAGUAGGAGUUUCUGAUCCCUGCCUAACAGGCCUAUAAUUUAAUAAUUAUCUUCCAUCCAGUGACAUUCUGGACCAGUUGCCUCCAGUCUUUCACUUCCUUGGAAAUGGCCUGGUACAGUUCAAUCAAUGAGGCAUAACUGACAAGUGAGCUGGUUGGAAACCCGUACCAACACCUGAAACUGAAUAUAGUAGGCUGUCUCACACACAUUUCAGCAACCAGCUUUAGUCUGCUUUCCUCAAACACUCCAGAGUGAUCAUGUACAUGACAUACAUAUUAGAUGUGUUCACUGAAACGGCUUGGCCCUUAGCGUCUGUUGUUCUGACAGACACACUUCGUCAGGCAUAGAGGAAUCGUUGACACAGCGGUUGUCCUUGCUAAGAUGUGUGCAGAUGUGCGUGUUAUUGGUUUUUAUGUAUGUAAUACACACUGCUUAUCUCACCUCAACAGCCAGGGCUUAAGAUUCAGCGAGUAGGCUAGAUGAUUCAGUGGCCAGCUUUUCUAUCUCUCCUCUUAGUCAGUUUCAUUGAAAGUAAAUGGUAAUGACCCCAAGGACGAAAGAAAAGUUUCUGAGGAGUCCCUUGAUCCAGAAGAGGCGAAAGAGUAAAACCUGAGAAAUACCCAUCACAGAAGUCAGACUCAAGCAAUCCUUUUAAAACGUGGGAAAUUAAGACUCUGGGAAACUCGAGGGGGAGUGUUAGGGAAUAAAGAAGGUGAGAGGUUCUUUGAUAUUGGUGCGUGUUUCCAUGUGAUUCUUUGAAAGAGUUUUCUUUAAAAAAGAGCACAUUCUAAGGAUUAGCUGAGCUGAUCUUGAGACCAGGGGAAAAGCGUGGGCGAUUUCAUUUCAAGUUCCAUUGGGAAAAACCUCUCAGAUACAUCAUAGAGACAACUCACAUAGAAACUAGAAAGCAAAAUGAGGAACUUUAUGUGUAGAUGGAACACAUUUCAUAACAUAUUGGUAAGUGAAUACAUAUGAUGUAGUUAUAGUGGGCUGUCUUUGAAACAGUAGAACAGCAAAACAGAGACCAACUGUCAGUCUUUCCCCCCAGAUCAUUCUUAUCUCCUGACUCAUGUCCUAGUCACUGUUGCUUCCUGUGACCACAAUGGUCACGCAUAACCUAACCUGAACUUAACCAUUCCAUGACUAUGAUGACAAAUAUGUUUGUACUUAUGUGCAAUGGGGACAGAAACGAAUGGGAGAAAAUCCAUGACCCUUUUCUAAAUGUAUGGACUAUGUAUGGAUUGUAAAACCUGAUAUCUGAAAAAAGGAGACCAUCAGAACACACAAACACAUCCUGUUUUUGGGGAACACAGAAACUCUGUGCCCUGACAUACGAGAGCCGGACGUUCAGGCCCUCCAGGUCCGCGGGCAGCUCUCUGACUACCACACCCAGAAGGAGAGACUUUGAAGGGUACUGUUCUUCUUGACUCGUCACAAUGGGGUGCAACAUGUGUGUGGUUCAGAAGCCUGAGGAACAGUACCGGGUCAUGUUCCAGAAGGGUCAUAUAAGUAACAUGCUGUGUUCUUUUGACGGAGAAGGUCUAUUGAAGGUAAAUGGGAAGGAGCUGUCUCGUCUCUCUGGGGACCCCACCCUGGAUGUACGAGACCCCCUGCUGUGUCACGUGCUGAGGAGGGGGGCUCGGCGGCGGGCCGGGUUAGCAGCGACAGCGGCAGUAACAGGGGGUCUGACGGACUGCGUGGACAACGGCACCCAGACUGACAUCAGUUUCCAGCACAUGCUGACCCUGGGGAGGACCACCCACCACCAAGGUGGAGAUUCGUCGCCUCACCCGCCCCCGUCUCCACCGCUGCCUCCCGUCCUGGACCCCUACCUGCUCAAUGAGCUUCUCAUAGAGCCGGAAUAUUACGACCCUAACGACUACUUUGACAUCACUCAGCACGAGGUGGAUCUCAGACAGGAUGAGUUAGAAUAUGAGGAGGUGGAGCUGUGCAAGUCUCGUCAGCAGGACAAGCUGGGACUGACGGUGUGCUACCGGACAGAUGAUGAGGAGGACCUGGGGAUAUAUGUGGGCGAGGUCAACCCCAACAGCAUAGCUGCUAUGGAUGGUCGCAUCAGAGAGGGCGAUCGAAUAUUACAGAUAAAUGGUGUGGACAUCCAGAACAGAGAGGAGGCAGUGGCCAUUCUGACCCGAGAGGACAGUACCAACAUCUCCCUGCUCCUGGCCCGGCCUGAAAUAGAGAACGACAACCAGCUAGACCCAGAUGAGCUGGACCUGGAGGUUCUGGACAAUGCAGCCCACUUGCCUAGCCCCCAGCGACUGAGAAACGGUGCCUUUCUGCUGGGUGCAGGGCCAGGGGUCACGGGGGGUGUUGGUGUGGCGGGGGGCCGCGGGUGGGGUCACCGUGACUCUCCGGACCUACUCCACACAGUGCUGAGUAACAGCCAGGAGUUGGACAGCGGGGUGGGCCGUACAGAUGACAGCACCCGCAACGAGGAAUCCUCUGAACAUGACCUCCUGGGAGACGACCAGACCAGCGCUCCGACCACCAACGCCACCAACACCCCCGGAAGCAUGCGCCGGUUCCUCUCUGGCCGGGGGGACACCCCGCUCCACGGGCACUCCACCGACUUCAGCACAGACUCUCUGCUGGGCCUGGACUGCCUGGGUGGGGGAGGCGGGGGAGACCUGGCAGGGGAGAGGGCCUACGCAGCUGACCCGGUCAUGAUGAUGAUGCCGGGCCUGACGGAGGAAGAGUGCGAGCGGUACAGGGAGCUCCUGGAGAUUAAGUGCUACUAUGAGAAGAACGGCAACCCUUUGCCACUGCUGGGAGAGCAGGAAGGCCAGGGGAUCGAUGGGGGCGCUCCUCUGGACGUGAACCGCAAUGAGGGCUUGAUGCAGCACGAGAUGGCUCUGCUGGAAGAGGAGCUACGCCACCUGGAGUUCAAGUGUCGUAACAUUCUGAGGGCUCAGAAGAUGCAGCAGCUCCGGGAGCGCUGUCUGAAGGCGUGGCCACUGGAGGAGGAGGAGAGUGGGGCGGGCCGCAUGGUCCCUCUGGUUAGCGAGGAGUCCUGUCACCAUGAACUUUCAGACAUUAAUGAGCUCCCCGAGAGGGAGCGCUCCGACAAGGACAGCACCAGCGCCUACAACACAGGAGGGGAGAGCUGCAGAAGUACCCCUCUGGUCAGCGAACAGUACCUUUCCCCCUCCGUACACGGCCACGGCAGCUUGGAGGGGAGAGACUUUGCAUCUCUGCAGGCUCAGUGCCCCAGCGGGAACAGGGAGAGAGGAGGCAGGAGUGAGAGAGGGGACAGGGGCCAGGCUAACUUGAACCAGCUCUACUCCCCUAACUCACACAGGAGGGUAGCGGAAGCCAAGACCUCCAGCCUGGGAGGGGCCAAGUUUAGGUCCCUGUCCCGCGAUGGGGGGGCCAGGAGGGGGUCGGAUGGAGGAGCGAGACGCCAUAAAACCAAUGGGACGGUGGAGGGCAGGGGAGGGGGACGCAGUGCUGAGAACAGCCCUUAUCUGUCCCGCCGCCACUCCGGCUCCAGGAUCCCCCAGCGCUACCAGAGCUGCAUGCAGCUGAGAUCCCCCUCCACGUCCGAAGGCCUGGAAAGACCCAGGGAGGGCAGCGAGAGUCCCAUGAGCCUGGGGAGCACCUGCAAGGACAUCCCACAGGGCCCCGAGUCCAUGCCCUCGUUGCCCCUCCCGCCGCCCCUCCCGCCGCCGGCCUUGCCCCGCAUGGAGUGGAAGGUGAAAGUACGCAGCGACGGCUCCCGCUACGUCGCCAAGCGUCCCGUCAGGGACCGCCUCCUGAAGGCCCGGGCCAUGAAGAUCCGGGAGGAGCGCAGCGGCAUGACCACAGACGACGACGCGGUCAGCGAGAUGAAGAUGGGCCGCUACUGGUCCAAGGAGGAGCGGAAGCAGCAGCUGCUGAGGGCCAGGGAGCAGCGCCGACGCAGGGAGUUCAUGAUGCAGAGCCGGCUGGACUGCCUGAGGGACAGGGAGUCGAGCGGCGGCGGCCAGCAGGGGGCCCCCCAGGGACAGGAGCCGACCAUCCUGGAGCUCAGCCACAGGAGGAGCCAGAAGAAACGGAGCCGUAGGAUUCUGGACAACUGGAUCACCAUCCAGGAACUGCUGGCUCACGGGACCAGGUCACCUGACGGGAGGAAGGUCUACAACCCUCUGCUGUCAGUCACCACUGUCUAAUGGAGAAGGGGAAGCAGAGAAGGAGAGGAACGGGGGAGGGUGAGGUGAAAGCGGCAGAAAGGAAGUGUAGGAGUUAUAAAAUAAAAACUGCAGAGGAAGUGGGUUGUGGAGGGAGUUGCUUUUGAAGAGGAAAAGCAAUCAGGCACCAUGUGUGAUCUGUCACUGAAGAUAAGGGAGAGAUAGAGGAGAAUGAGACAGCACCACCUGCUGUUUUGUCACCACAGCACAGAGAAGGAAUCCAGAGACAAAAUGGUGCAGUGUGGAAAUGAAUAUAAUUACUGGUAACCCAAAUUGCAAGCUGUCAUGUCUGCUUGAUAGACGAUGAAAGUAAGAGGGGAAUAUUAAAUAAAAGUGAAAAGAAAAGUGUGAAAAGUGCUGAUGAAAUAAACCAACCUGCAGUUAUUGACCAGGGUUUCUGUGCUAUAGGCCUACGAUUCCUAUAACCCAACUGAUUAACUUAGGUACUGCAUUUAUAGAUUAUACAAAGCACAUUGGCUAACAACAAUAUAGAAUCUGGGACUAAUUAACUAAUGACUGACAUUGCCAUUGUGGCAAGAUCUGACAAGCACAUAAGAAUUAAUUGAGAAGCACAACAUAGAGAAAGAACACCAAAUCCCAACACACAGGAAACACAUUACUACUAGUUUAUUGAUGUUUUGAGACAUGAGGAAAUCUCAAUCACAUCAUCGGAUGGAAACAUUACAACGAUUUGUCUGGUGGUUGAGAAGGUAGGAACUCUUCAAUGCAUCUUGUGUUGGCUGGUGCAAAAAUAUUCUGCUGGGGAGUUUCAAACAGAUCUAAUGAAUUGAAAGUGGUUCUUUGACAUUUGAUUACUUGCAUGUUGACUAUAAAUGUAAAAAAAGGAACAACUUUUAAUAUACUUCAAAAUGGUGACAAAAUCUUGGUGUGAAAUUGUAGACGUGAUAUGUUCUUAGAGAGGAACAACGGUCACUACUCACCAUUGUUUAAGACAAGAGUGACAACCAAUUCUAACCCAUUGAAAUAGACUGAGCAGUUCAUCACCCCCCCCUAACUGAUACCCACCUGAACCUAAUUUGGACCAGGAGUGGCUGAGGUCACUUGUAGACAAGGUGAGAUCAGUUUUUAAGAACAGUGUUUUUGGCGGGAGCCUGGCAAUUUCAAUGGGCUGAAACUGUAACUGUUGUUCCCCUUUAAUCAAAUUUUUAGACUAGCAAUACAAUGUGGUCCUGUUUGUUCUGUAUUCUGUGAUGUCUGACACAAACAUUUUACA